AUUGGAUGGCCUUGUUUUGAUUUUCACUGAGGAGGGUUUGAAAGAAAGAGGGGCCAUGAAGGUGCACAUUAGCAUGAGCCAUAGCUUGGUGGGUCUAUUUUUGGUGAUGACCUGCUUAUCAUGUAACAUGUCAAAGGUGUGGGCUACGACGCAACAGUUGGAGGGGCGGCAACACCAAAAGCGGUCGGAUAAGCCUAUCGUCAAGAGCAUCAAGAGCCCGGAUGGAGAUAUCAUAGACUGUGUCCAUAUCUCUCAUCAGCCAGCCUUUGAUCAUCCUUUACUCGAAAACCAUACUAUCCAGAUGAGGCCAAGUUUCUACCCAUUAGGCCUAUAUGAUGAGAACAAUGUGGAGUCAAAGAUGGAACCUAGUUCUGUACCUCAGCUUUGGCAUCAAAAGGGGAGGUGCCCAGAGGACACCAUCCCUAUUAGGAGGACCAAAAAGGCCGAAAGAUAUGGAAAGAAGAGGCACAGGACGAUCCCAAAUCCCACUUCUGCGCAUCCUAAUCAGGAUGACCAUAGAUAUGAGUAUGCGAUUAUUUAUACAAAAGGGGAUGUGUUCUAUGGAGCAAAGGGAACCAUAAAUGUGUGGAACCCGAAGGUCCAAGAGCAAGAUGAGUACAGUACAUCUCAAAUCUGGGUUAUUGGGGGUCCUCGAGAAUAUCUCAAUGCCAUCGAAGCUGGCUGGCAUGUUAUGCCAAGUCUGUAUGGAGAUAAUAAAACAAGACUAUUUACUUUCUGGACUAUCGAUAAUAGUGAAUCAAUAGGCUGCUACAACCUACUUUGUUCUGGGUUCGUUCAAGUCAACAAGGAAAUAGCUUUGGGUGCUACCAUCUACCCAAUUUCUAGCUAUGAUGGUCCUCAGUAUGCAAUCACUCUGCUUAUCUGGCAGGAUCCAAAUACGGGGAAUUGGUGGUUGCAGUAUGGGAAUCGAUCUCCAUUGGGCUACUGGCCUUCAUCCUUAUUCUCUUAUUUAUAUGACGGUGCCUCAGAGGUACAAUGGGGAGGGAAGGUUCUGAACUUAAAUGUAAAUGGUCAGCACACCUCCACAGAGAUGGGCAGUGGCCAUUUCUCAACAGAUGAUGCUCGUAGGGCGAGCUUCAUCAAAAACGUUCAAAUAGUUGAUCGCUCCAAUAAACUUCAAACUCCUCCAAAUGGUGGCGAAGUUAUGACACAAUCCGCAUGCUACGAUAUAUUAAACACCUACCGUGGUGUUUUCUACUAUGGGGGUCCUGGUAAAAAUCCCAAUUGUCCAUAGAAGUUAUUAUUUUCUGUAUCUUCUUCUUGUUGGGAAAAAAUAAUUGUGAACAAGAAA